AUGAUGUCUAAAGACGGCCGGCGCGCGCGCAACUUCCGGAACGCGAUAAACAUGGCGGCGGUGAGCCAACAUGGCGAAGUUUCCGGCCACGCUGAUUCACAUAUGAUGGCGGUUGAUUCUGGCUUGCUCAUAGCAUUUCUGUGCAGUGAUUCAGCUUUUUACGUAAUAUGUAGGUGUCCACAGACCAUAAUGCUUCGGAAUGCGACGUCUGGAAUAAACUCAAGG